UUUGAUCCAAACAGAGCAGUGUAUGGCAAAAAGUGUCGUGUUUAUAUCUCGAUCUCGACGCGUAGAAUGUAGAAUAGUCGCGCAGGUGCUUCAGCUGCACAUUUUAUUGCAGUUCUGGUGACUGCCUGCAUUGAAUGAGACUUUUAAAGUGAACUGUGCGGAUUUUAGAAAUAUACAUCGAAUAGAAAUUGUGGUGGGCAAUGUAGACGCGUUAAAACGUGCAGAAUUGACUAUAAUUUUGACAUAAAAGUCAACCAUGGAGGUCAGAAAAGCGCUCACGUGUGUUUUGAUCAGCGUGUUUCUGUGGGCUGGUGACGCUCAGGACUCGGUACCUGAUUCAGUUUUGAACUGCUGCGAGGGCGAUGUCCUGUUUCUCCUGGACUCCUCUGGUAGCGUGUCCUCCUACGAGUUCUCCCGUAUGGUGGACUUUCUGUCAGAGCUCCUGCUGCCGUUCUCGCUGGGGCCGGAUCAGGUGAGGGUGGGACUGCUGCAGGUCGGGACAGAGCCCCAUCUGGAGUUCGGCUUUGACGCCCACAGCUCCCAGCAAGGCCUGCAGGCGGCCCUGGAGAGGACUAAACAGCUGAAGGGCGACACCAACACGGUGGAUGCUCUUCUGGUGGCUAGGAACCAGGUUUUGAAACAGGGUGUCCCGGGAGGUGCCAGACCGGACCUUCCCAGGGUUCUGGUUUGGCUCACGGAUGGAGUGGAUCCCGGCGAUGUACGGGAACCAAUGGCGAGGCUGCGAGAAGAAGGGGUGCCUGUACUGGUGGUUUCCACUGGUCACGGGAACUACCAGGUGCUGAGAGAGGUCGCAAGUCCACCCACAGAGGAGCACCUGUUCUUUGUGGACAUUGACGAUAUCAACAUCAUCAGCGAAGACUUGAGGAACGCAAUUAUUGAGAUUAUCCGGGCCGAGAGGCUGCAGGUGAAGUCAGUCACUGCCACUUCAGCUCAGUUGGAGUGGAGGCCUGUGUUGGCUGGUACUGGCUACUAUGAUAUCCAGUUUGGUCCCAUCCGAACAGGGCAGACCGGAGGAAGUGGAGGUCCGGGCACCAGUCCCGGCACUGGUUCGGGUCCGUUUCAGAGGAUCACCCGGCCUGGAGACACCAGCUCGGCUCAGCUGAUCGGCCUGCGUCCUGACACCACAUACACAGUCACACUCACACCGAAGGCCAACCUGGAGUUCCUGAACUCGCUUCACGCCACCUUUACUACACAGACAGUGAAUCCUCCUCAGCCAGAGGUGCAGACUCUCUCCACAGUGAGUGUGUCGGAGUCGAGCAGCAGGAGUGUGCGUGUGAGCUGGGCUCCACUGCUCCCUCACCUCAUACAGGACUAUCAGGUGGAGUAUUCAGCUCUUCCUUCAGGGCCGCUCCGGGUCACCAGCGUCAGUAACAGGCAGAACUCCACCGUCCUGACGGACCUCCAACCCGACACACAGUACCUGCUCACCGUGAGCGCGAGGCAGUCCAACGGCAAAGAGAGAGCCAUGUCGGUUAAAGCCUGUACACAGGAGGUGUUGCCGGCUCUCUCGGAUCUGCAGCUAACCACAGUGGGCAAUGAGUCAGUGCAGCUCCGGUGGAAGGGGAGUUUCGACGGCCUGCGCGGUUACUGGGUCACAUGGGAGCGAGGUCAGAGCCAGCGCUCCACCCUGUAUUUACCACCCAACCGGCUGUCCACCACCCUCACCCACGUGCCCUCCAGAGCCCGCGUCUGCGUCUCCCCGGUGUUCCGGACGGCCCGCGGGGAGGGGCUCUGCUGCACUGCGUGAAGGCCUCCGGUGAGACGCCUGUCU